CACACAGUGGCUUGAUCUGCAUCUGAGAGAGAACGUUCCUCCUUCGCUGUUGCUUCUUUCUCGUGCCUUAUACUUGACUGAGAUGAAGCCCAAACCUAUUGCUGUGACAUCAGCUGAUCCUCUGCCGAGCAAAGAUGCUGAAAAAAUAGUCACUUCUGAAGAUCAUGAGACCUUGGUGGAUUCUGCUCCCAGAGUGCAAGGCAGUAAGAGUGAAGAAUUUAUAACACAACCAACAGAGAAAUUACCAGUUCCUCAAGUAUCAGUCAGCCCUCCUGCAAGCAAGACAAAAAUAGAAACCUCUCGGAAUAGCAAAGCCAGUGCGAAUGGAGUUUAGCUGUGCUUCCAGGA